AUGCCGAAAAUUGUCAUUGGUAACGGUAACUGGAAAAGGAUUGAUAUUCCUGUUAAAUGUAUCAGUGAUGAUAGUUUUGCUUUUCUUUCAUCAUUCGAAGAAUACGUACCAACCGGAGAAUGCAAGGAUACGAAGAAGAAGGUGAAAAAGAGGAAGGCAAAUAUUGCCUUGGAUAAAUUAGAAACAAAUGAUGAUCACACGCGUAAGAGGAAAAAAAUGAAAAAGAAAAAGUUGAAAGAAUCUGAUGAGAUUAUGGAUGCGUGGCAGGUUCCUAUUGCGAAGAGUGAAAAAGCAAAUGGUGACAAUGAAAAAGUGAUAAGUUUCAGCAAUAAAGAAAUUGAUAAACUGGAUGGAAGAACGGAUGAGAUUACAGGGAUGUCGAACUGGAUAAAUCUUUGCAUUUCUAAUACAGUUUUGAAAGCUAUUGCUGACAUGGGAUUUGCUGAACCUACGGAAAUACAGAAACUUGUUAUACCAAGCGCUAUCACGGAUCACCUUGAUAUCAUUGGAGCUGCAGAAACAGGGAGUGGAAAGACAUUGGCAUUUGGCGUGCCUGUUGUUGAGCAUCUUUUAACAAACCAAUCAUCUAUUGAAAAUGAGCAAAUAAAGAGUAUUCGAGCUCUCAUCCUUGCACCGACUCGUGAGCUGGUGAUGCAAAUUAAGGAUCACAUCUGUGCUUUGCUAAAAUAUACUCCGUUCAAAGUCGCAUCUAUAGUGGGUGGUCUUUCACUACAAAAACAAGAACGUAUAUUAAAAUACGUUCCUGACAUCGUUAUUGCAACGCCAGGACGACUUUUGGCUUUGAUGACAUCAGCCGAAGCUGAUAGCUGUCUUUCUGAUUGGUCCCACUUACAAUGUCUAGUGGUCGAUGAAACAGAUCGUAUGAUUGAAAAAGGACAUUUUGAAGACCUGCAACAUAUUUUAGAUACUAUAAAGAAGAAUGCAUGUAAAAAACUGCAAACUUUUGUAUUUUCUGCAACUCUUACAUAUACUCAACCUGUAUCUAAGAAGCGUGAUGGUAUCAAUUCUGCUAAAAUGAGUACAGAUGAAAAAAUCAGCAGAUUGAUUGAAAUCACUGGAAUACGAAAGGAAAAGCAUAAAAUCAUUGAUAUUACUGGCGAAAGAGGUACAGCUAAGACAGUUGUAGAAGCUCGAAUAAACUGCAAUAAUUUGUUGGAAAAGGAUACGAAUCUUAUAUAUCUAUUGAAUCGUUAUGCCGGGCGGACAUUAGUAUUCACCAAUUCCGUCGAUGCAUCUAGAAGGUUACAUGGAAUCUUAAAACAGGUGCAUCGCUUUGUUUUGAUUGUUUUUCAGCUUCAGCACAAACCUGCCCCAUUGAUGUUGCAUGCGAAAAUGAUGCAAAAAAAACGUUUAAAAAACUUGGAAAAGUUUGCUGUAGAGGAAAAUUCUGUUCUGUUCGCAACCGAUGUAGCGGCACGUGGUUUAGAUAUUCGAGAUGUUCAGCAUGUUAUUCAUUAUCAAGUGCCAAAAACUGCUGAGCUUUAUAUCCAUCGAUGCGGUCGUACAGCUCGGGCAACGAAAGAAGGACUUGCUGUCUUACUUAUUGAUUCCCAAGAUGUUCCUUAUUACCAGAGGAUAUGCCGAAAUUUGAGUAGAGAAAAGGAAUUUCCCAUAUUUCCACUCGACUCACCUGAACUAUAUGGCGUUUUGAAAAAGAGGGUUGAAGUUGCAACAGCAGCAGAAGCGUUAGAUCAUCGAUUAAAGAAGAUGCAUUCCAAACAAUUGUGGUUCGAGAAGGCAGCUGCAAGUGCAGAUUUGGAGUUAGACGGAAGUGGAUACAGAAAGAAAACCACAACAGAAAUGACUGAAGAUCUGCGAAAAGAGAAGAAAGCAUUGUUGAUUCAAUUGAAUCGUUUGUUGUCACAGCCAUUGCCAGCUAAUCAUGUUCAUGUCAAGAAAACUCGUUAUGUAACUGCAGAAAUGGUGUCAAAUUACGGAAAGUCAUCGACACAAAAUGCAAUUAUAUCAUUAACUGAAAAUAUGGCACAUGAAGAAAUAUUGAAGAAGAAAUGUGGGAGUGUUUUUGUGCGCCGUUUUAAUACCUCAAGAAGGAAGAGGAAAAAGCAAAUUAAAAGAUGA